CACCCAGGUGGUGAAGAGGUCCUCAGGGAGCAAGCUGGAGGAGAUGCUACUGAGAACUUUGAAGAUGUUGGUCAUUCCACAGAUGCAAGGACACUGUCAGAAAGCUUUAUUGUUGGGGAACUUCAUCCGGAUGAUAGAGGGAAGCUUCAGAAACCAACAGAAACCCUUAUUACCACUGUUCAGUCUAAUUCCAGUUCAUGGUCCAACUGGGUGAUCCCGGCAAUAGCAGCGGUUAUCGUGGCCCUGAUGUAUCGCUCCUACAUGUUGGAGUAA